AUGAAACGACCAUCCAACAACGCCACCAACCACCAACCUCACUCAACCAAAAUUUUGAAAUUAACUGAAAAUUGUGAAGCCUCUUCUCUACUUCCGACAAUGGAGGAGGAACGUACGAAUGUAACAAUCAUAUUAAUCGAAUUCUUUGAUAUAUCAAUUCAUCAUCAUGAUGAUGAUUGUUGCCAAAAUUUCAAACGAUUAAAAAACAAAUUUGAAAAUCAAACAAAAGGCUUUGCAAAGUGGUUACUUGCCCGAGAGCGUUGGAAAAUGGAUUUUUCAAACAAAAACAAGAUUCCAGAACAUCAUCUCAUUCCUCUUGAAUUUAUGGAUGAUCGGGAAUGCAUUGAAAUUUUUUAUAUUUAUUGUCCACCAAUUAAAACGGAUCCAUAUAGAAAUAUUGCAAAUUGGAUGGCAACCAUUCGGAAUACCUCGUUGUUGUCCUUUGAAGAUGAAUGUCGAUUUUGGAAAGGUAAUAAGGCUGGACUAUUGCGAGCCGUUAGUUGUAAAUAUUUGCAAAUUUUGAAUUAUGUGUCGAGAAACGAUCUAUUGGAAUUUAAGGAUGAUUUAGCCAAAGUAUUACAUGGAUGGAAAUGUUGCCCAAUCCAAUUAUCCAACGAUGACAAUCACAUUGUUGAGGUUGCUGUCUCUCGUUCAGGAGCUGAUCUUCAAUUUGCUUCUGAAAGAUUGAAGAAUGACAUGACGAUUGUAAUGACAGCUGUCACCCAAGAUGGAAUGUCUCUCCAACAUGCUUCAAGAGAAAUGAGGAAUACUAAGUGGGUGGUAUUGAAAGCAGUUCAACAGAAUGGUCUUGCAUACCAAUAUGCUUCUGACUCUUUGAAAAAUGAUUUGGAUAUCAUAUCUGCAGCAUUGCGAAAUUCAUUGGAAGUUUUUCAAUUCAUUCCAACCACACCUUCAAGCACAUAUUCAUAUGCAAAUAUUAUGAAAUUGAUUCUCACAGAAAAUCAAAACAUAACAAAGCAACCUUUAUUGAAAAACAUUUCUGAAGCAACAAGUAGAAAUAAUAGAAGAGUGGUCAUGGGUCAUGUCAUUACUAACGGAAUGAAUUUAGAAUUUGCCUCUGACCAACUAAAGAAAGAUAAAGCAGUCGUGUUAACUGCAAUACGUGAGAACCCUCUUGCAUUUCAAUUCGCAGCUGAAGAGUUAAAAUUAGAUAAGGAAUUGAAGAAGCAAUGUAUUGAUAUCAUUUUUUCUUUUUCUGGAUCCAUUCGAAAGAGAGAUGUGAUUUUAAAGCUGUUUGGAAACGAUGGUGAGGCCCUGUUGUACAUUUUCAACCGGUUUGAAAGUAGAGAAAUCAUGAAGUCAGAUCUCGUUUCAGCUGCUCGUUGUGUGAACAAUCGGUAUGGAACGUGCAGUAUUUUAAAAUUACUACCUGAAGAAUUGCGUAAUAAUCGACAAAUUGUUGAAUGUUGUAUUCGAAUUGAGUAUUGCUUUGAAUAUGCCUCACCAGAACUGAAACAUGAUGCAGAGUUCAUCUUGAGAAAUAGAGAUUUUAUCGAUUUAUGGGAUGUUCCAGAUGUGUUGAGAAAUGAUCGAAAUUUCAUUUUAGAAUUCAUGAGCUCGAAACGAUUUUCCUUAUCAGAAUUGUCCACUGAUUUGCAGAAUGAUUUUGAAAUUGUGCUAAUUGCUGUGAAGCGUAAUGGACUCUUUUUGACCUAUGCCUCAGAGCAUCUGAGAAAUAAUAGAGAGAUUGUACUACAAGCAAUUAUUCAAAAUUCCAAGUCUCUAAAAUAUGCCUCACCUGAAUUACAGAAUGAUCACACCUUAUUUGAAGAUUGUGCCAAGUAUGGUGGUGUUCUUUAUGAAAAUUCAAUACACAGGAGAACUUUUAUGAAAUGGAAACAAUCAAGACUCGAUUAUGAAUAUCAUGGAUGUGAAAUUCCUUCUCGUUUCAUUAUGAAUGAACCUAUUCAGUUAUUCGAAAGACCUGGACUUCACAACCGAGAAAAAUAUAAUGCCAGCACUUGGCAUGAAUACUUAUUUGGAACUAAUUCCAAUCCAUGGAAAACAAUUUUUAUGGUGGAAUAA